GAAGGUGGCACAGGUAAUGGCAGUGGCCGGGCUGGGAAAUUCAGCAUGGGCAGUUGUGGCUGCGAUGGUUUGAUCUCAGGCGAGAAGUGUGUGCCCACCGCCCUGCCAUGGUGAGGGACGGCUGAAGAAGUGCUUCCUCAGUGGCUGGGAGAUGCAGUUACCUGAGGAUAAUGAAUACUUUCUCAGAAGCCUAGAAUCAUCUUGGUGUAAGCACUGGGUCCUUCCCCAUUUUCUGGAGCUCCAGACUGCAUAUCAACCAGCACCACCACCACUGCUGGGUAGGAUGGAUGAGUUAGCCCCAUCGCUGUGGUGUUCAUAGGAUGCAGCCCAGGAAAGCUGCUCUGACUUCUGAAAGGACGGGCUCUGUGGUUUUGGCUUGACCACUUGUCUGUGGACUGGGUGGUUGCAGAGCGGGGUAGGAACUGGAGUGGAGUGCCCCGUCUCUCCUGGGAUUACGCAGGCUUUGCAGCAUGAGCCCAAACACGAAGAUGGAGUGUAAAAAAAUUAUCAAUUUUGGAAACCAGCUUGUUCGCCGGAAAAAUGUGGACUGCACUCUAGAAGACAGUCGGCUCUCGCGAUGCCUCAACACGUUUGACUUAGUGGCUCUGGGUGUAGGCAGCACUUUGGGUGCUGGUGUCUACGUACUGGCUGGAGCUGUGGCACGGGAAAAUGCAGGACCUGCCAUUGUUAUCUCCUUCUUGAUUGCUGCCUUGGCCUCAGUGCUGGCCGGACUCUGCUACGGAGAAUUUGGUGCUCGAGUCCCUAAGACGGGAUCUGCUUACCUCUACAGCUACGUGACUGUAGGCGAGCUGUGGGCCUUCAUCACAGGGUGGAAUUUAAUCCUCUCCUAUGUUAUUGGAACCUCGAGCGUGGCCAGAGCCUGGAGUGCGACGUUUGAUGAAAUCAUAGGCCAGCAUAUUGAAGAAUUUUGUCAAAAAUACAUGAUGAUGGAUGCUCCCGGAGUGCUAGCAAAAUACCCAGACAUCUUCGCUGUGGUGAUAAUCAUCAUCCUAACAGGGCUUUUAAUUUUUGGCGUGAAGGAAUCUGCCCUGGUGAACAAAGUGUUCACCUGCAUCAACAUCCUUGUUCUCGGCUUUGUCAUGGUCUCCGGCUUUGUGAAAGGUUCUAUUAAAAACUGGCAGCUGACUGAACAGGACAUUUACAACACCAACUACAGCAUUUAUGGAAACAAUCAAACACAGGAAGAAAAGUUCUAUGGUGUUGGAGGAUUUAUGCCCUAUGGAUGGAAAGGAGUCCUCUCAGGAGCAGCCACGUGUUUUUAUGCUUUCGUGGGAUUUGACUGUAUUGCUACUACAGGCGAGGAGGUAAAAAACCCUCAGAAGGCCAUUCCUAUUGGCAUUGUGGCAUCUCUGCUCAUCUGCUUCGUGGCUUAUUUUGGUGUGUCAGCUGCCCUGACGCUCAUGAUGCCUUAUUGCCAGCUGGAUACCAAUAGCCCUUUACCCAAUGCCUUUAAAUACGUGGGUUGGGAUGGAGCCAAUUACGCAGUGGCUGUCGGUUCCUUGUGUGCGCUUUCUACGAGUCUCCUUGGCUCCAUGUUUCCGAUGCCUCGAAUAAUUUAUGCUAUGGCUGAAGAUGGACUUCUCUUUAAAUUUUUGGCUAAAGUCAAUGAGAAGAGAAAAACUCCAAUAAUUGCAACACUGACAUCAGGGGCGGUUGCAGCUGUUAUGGCCUUUUUCUUCGACUUGAAAGAUCUUGUGGACCUCAUGUCCAUCGGGACCCUCCUGGCUUACUCCUUGGUGGCAGCCUGUGUGUUGGUACUGAGGUAUCAGCCAGAGCAGCCUAAUUUGGCAUACCAGAUGGCUAGGACAACAGAGGAGACAGAUAACAACGAGUCUGUGAGCACCAGUGAGUCGCAGGCUGGAUUUCUGCCAGAGGAAGAGGAGAAAUGUUCCCUCAAAGCCAUACUGUGUCCCCCAAAUUCAGACCCUUCCAAAUUCUCUGGCUCAGUGGUGAACGUCUCAACCUUCAUCAUUGGUUUCCUUAUUGUGGUUAGCUGUAUCCUGACUGCCCUUGAGCCAAGCAUUCUGAUACAGUCUGUAUGGAUCAUUGCUACAAUCCUUGUUCUUAUUGUCAGCUUCAUUAUAUGGAAACAGCCUGAAAGCAAAACCAAGCUCUCCUUUAAGGUACCUCUUUUGCCCCUUCUUCCUGUUUUGAGUAUUUUUGUGAAUGUUUACCUCAUGAUGCAGCUAGACCUAGGCACGUGGAUACGGUUUGCGGUCUGGAUGCUCAUAGGCUUUAUCAUCUACUUUACCUAUGGAAUAUGGCACAGUGUGGAAGCCACCUAUGCAGCCUCAGCAGAUGCAGAGAGAAACACAGAUGCUGGUUCGGACAGCUGUAAAUGACUGCAUGUUUGGCUUACAGGCAACUGGGGAAUAGCUGCCAUGAAGGAAGCUUUGUGGUGGGAAUCCUGAGCCAAGUUGCAUCUGGUUAAUCAGUAAUGCAGGAAUAAGGAAGCGUAAUGUGAGACUCCCCAGCCCUGUUGCUGCAGCUUGCAGUUUGCUUAGUAGCACAGAUAAAAGGGAUCAUAAGAAAAAAAGCCACACUUCUGGUAUACUCCCGGUGACACUGUCUGCUAAUAUGGCGCUACGCGCUUCCCUUCCUCCCUCUCCUGUUGGGUUUUUUUUUUUCUGGGUGUGUAGAAAGAAAACUGCUUCCGUGUACCAGUUAACCUUAAAUGCUGCUAUGAAACCAGGCCUCACAAAGGUCGAUCUUUCAGUUGCUCUGGGAAUUACCUCCUCACAGAUACUCUACCUGAUUAUACCUGGAACAGAUUUUGCAGUGCUACUGUCAGGCUUAGACCAGAUCCAUCCUUCAUGCGAUGUGACCCGUACCCCAUGUGUACACAAAAAAAAAGGCUCUUGCCAAACACCAGUUUUCAACUGGUUAAGAAAGAACCUGCAAGACUUGCAUUUUUCAGAGUAUCAGAUCUCAUAGUUUUUGUCAUAUUUAAUUUUUUUUUAACUACAAAGUCAUAUGCUUUAAAGUGCGCUGCUGCUGUGAAAUGUUGGGAAGGUUUGUGUCACUGCUUGUCAGGUGAAUGGUCAUUUGCCAGCGCACAGGUAACACCAGCAGAUGUUUCUGCUGACUAUAUGCUCAGCAGAGGGAUUUCCAGGUUUAGCCAUAAAACUGGUGCACACACUUAAAUGGCUUGAAAAGGACAGAUGUCUCCAAAGAGCUGUCCUACCUCUUUGCCUCAGAAAUCACCAGCGGUGUGGCUGCAGUGGUGGGAUGGCUAGCAGAAGUGAGCCCAGGUUUGACAACAUGUGGGGCCCUAUUUUCCUCUCCCUGCAUCCGUUUUGUGUGCUGGCUGUGUGGCAUUAGCAAAGGAUUUGGCCAUGAGACUUUGGUUUGGCAUCAGUGGGUGGAGCACAUUUCUGCCCCGGGAAGGGGAAGCACAGGAAUAUCUUCAGGGGCUUGAAUUACAUCCGUGAACAGUGCCUGGUGUCUGCGCCCUGCCCAAGGGAGGGCCAUGGGGGUGUGCAGGAGCUCCUCGGUCCCAGUGGUCCCAGUAGAGUAUGCAGCCCAGAAAACACUGCUAAGCUUUAGGGUCUGGCUUGCUGUGAGAAGCGUUCCCUUUGUGGCUGGAGAUCGUCUCCAGAGCCUGGCUGUUGUAAAAGGUGGGAAAUUUGGAGUUAAGACCAGGGUCUGUGGUUGGCGAUGUGUCGUGUCCCAACCUGCAGGGAGGAGGGAGAGCGACCAAGGUUCUAAUGAUCCCCGCAGACUAAAUUAAGGUGAAAGAAUACCAAACGAUCAAUUAAACAUUUUAUUUCAACAGAAAAGUAACUUGAGCUUGAAAAGGCAACUUGAACUUGAAAACAUGGAAAAGCUUUGAUGGUUGGGGUUCUUAUCAAGAAUAUCUUUCCAUUCAAACACCCCAAUAAAGUUCCAAGUGGGGCUGGGUAUAAGGCUGUACUACA